AUGGCAGCACCACUACUUCGUAGAGGAGCUGCUUCAGCUUCGGGGUCUCUUCGAAGCAUGAUUGCUCGAACCGCAUCUAACUCGAACAGAGCAUCCUUAAGGCAACUUUCGACUUUGCUCAAAAGAACGCCCCAGCCAGCCUCCCAGCUUUACCUUGCUUCUGUCCAAGUCUCAAGGAAUCACUUUGCAAGCGGCCCUCGAAGCUUCAGCUCGACAAGCUGCACACAAGCGGAAGGAUCCGGCCGCACAACCGUCAAAGAUCCCGAACCGCAAACCGGCCUGUACUACCAUCCCACCCAGAUCAGUAUCGCUCGCGAACCCAACAAGCCAGCGGAAACCAUCGAAGGAUGGGCAAUCUCCUUCCUCCCUGAUCCCUCCUCCUCAGAAGAUGCCACCAUCGCCUACGUCCUGCCCACCAACACUUCUUCCUCACAGGAUUCUGAACCAGCGGACUUCGUCCGUGCCAACCCAGACAGAAUACGCAUCAACCCUGCCGGAUGGAAAAUCAUGCACGACGUACUGAAGAACGAAGUGGUGCCUAAUGACGAUCUUUUGAAGUUCGAAGCAUCUACAAGGGAGAGUGGGUGGGCGCAUCUGACCGAUCUCAGACACCCUCUGAUGCCAGGCAGGAUUGCAACACCGGAAAACAUCAUCGCUUCGGUAGCAUUUACGGAGGGACAGCUGAAUGUGAAGAGCUAUGAGGAAAACAAGUCAUACAGGCUGGUGACUGGGUAUGAAGGGCCGAUUCAGAUGGCAGAUAACUGGAUUGAGAAGUUGAGGAAACGAUUCGAGUCGCUUUGA